UCUCCACUCUCUCCAAUGCACUUCUUCACGAUCAAUCUCUGACCUCCCAGAUGCAGAUCUCAUCUCUCUUCUCGCUCCUCAUCUUCUUCUCCUCCUCCUCCUCUUUCGCCUGCGCUUCAGUAAUUCACGAUUUCGCGCCCACCCCAGAGCCUUCUUCCUCUGCCUCCACAUUUCUGCCGCCGGAGCGGGAGCUGUCUCCGGAUGCCGGAUUCGGAUUUGCCUCCACUGAUUACUCCCCGCCGGCACCCCCGAGGUCAUCCAAGCAUCCGUCACAUCUGCCUGCCCCGGCGUUGGCACCAGCAGAGCAGAGUGAAGAAGCAGCGGACAUUCUGUCUCCAGCACCGGUGGCGCAGGGAGCAAGCGGAAGUGCAGAUGAGGACUCCGGCGAGGAGACGGUGAGGUGGUGCACGGUGAGGGGGGAAAUGGAGGACUGCCGGUUCCUUUUGAAUCUGUUGAGCCAAUCUAGUAAUUACACGUGGACAUGUGUCAUUAGAGACAGCAGCGAUGAAUGCGUCGACUCCAUCAGAAAAGGCGAAGCAGACAUCAUAAACUUGGAAGCAGGCGCGGCAUUCACUGCAUUCCUCAACUCUUCCAUGAAAGCCAUCGCGAAUGAAAUCUACUGCAACCGCGCUGAGUCCUACGCCGCUGUUGCCGUCGUCCACCGGAAGUCCUGCGAGUCCAAACGGAGCCUUAGCCUAAUGGACUUCAAGGGCCACAGGUCCUGCCACGGAGGACGCUCCUCCGCCUCCGGGUGGACCUACCCCGUUGAUCACAUCAGGAAGUUGUUCGGUUCCAAAAAGAUGAACGACGUUGACAUCGCGGCAAAUUUCUUCUCCAAGGUCUGCGCUCCAUCCGAUUCUGGCCUCGGAGGAGGACAAGGGAUUUGCAGCGGAUGUCAUGACGAGAACAAGAACGGCACUAGUUGCCGCCGGGACAGCUUGUACUACGGUGACACGGGCGCAUUUAGGUGCCUCAUGGGAGGUUUGGGUGAUGUUGCGUUUGUGAGAGGAGACACUGCUCUGCUCUAUUCCAGGGAAGGGCCUUAUAAUCAGUCAUGGUCUAAAAGAUCAGUAAGAGACUUCAUGUACUUGUGUCCCCAGGGGGGCUGCAGAGAAAUAAAUGGGUACCCCGGCGCAUGCUCAUUCGGAACGGUUCCGGCGAAUAUGAUCAUGGCUAGUAAUUCGAUCCCGAACCACAAGAGACUGAACAUCCUGGAGAGAUUGGCGAAUUCGUCCUGGAUAGAAGCUGCCUACGCAGAGAGAAUUAGCUCCAUCCAUAUGGUCAGUCCGAGCACUCAGGAGUUCACAUUGAUGAAGACACUCACAAGGUCAUAUCUGGGGCAAUCAGCUUCCAUUUCUCAGAGCAUACAACAUCUGAAGACCCAGAAAGCUGAGGGCUCUGCCUCCAGUGCAAACUCAUUCCCAGAUCAAUAUUCCAUGUUGUGGGUGCUUCUGUCGGCGGCACUAGCCUGCUGCUUCUGCAAUCAGUGAUGGAGAAAUCAGGCAUUGGGU